CUAGCAACCUCCUUUAUAAUCUGUCAAACCCACCAUUUUUUUGUAAACGUCAUCACUAAUCUCUACCAUCCUCAAGACCUCAAUUAAUCAUCAACAGGAUCAAUGGAGUGGAGAUCUGUACGGCAUACCCGUCUUCCUCUGGUUCUUCCUCAUGUUCACCGCAACCGUCGCCGGACGAGGGGAGCACCGGAAUGACGACGACAGACUGCUCCGCUUCUUCCUCACUAUCUCCGCCGUCGCGGCUAGGCUAGCAAGUAUACGGCGGCAGUCCAUCAACCCGCCGCCGCCGGCGCUAACACUUGAAGCGGACUCUGCGCUGCUUGAAGCCGCCGGCUCGAGAACAGUCUCCGGCGUCAUCUGGGCAUCGUCCCCCGCCGCCGCCUCCGGCAACACCAGUGAAUCCCAGUUGUUGCGGAUGUAAUCGGACAAUUUCGCCCCUGUUUUCACCAUGGGCUGAAGCUGAAAAAGAUCGGGAACAAACACCCAAGAAUUCAGCAACCGCAUAUUCCCUGCAGGAAUUACUAGUUUUUGAGACAGGGGUUGAGGAUUAUGAGUUCCUAUGGUCUGAAGAUAGCAUGAAACCUGGAUUUAUUGGUGCAAAAUGAAGUGCUUUGGGAAAACUAUCUUACACUCACUACCAAUUUCAAAUGAAAUCACAAAAGAAUUUGAUUUCGCACAACAUCUUUUGUUUAACAUGCAACUGCUGAAGCCACUCAUGAAAUGGAAAUCAGAUAGUUAUUCCUAUUUCAUUUACGAGCAUUACGAUAUGCCAUUUGGAGAACAACACAUGAGAAAAGAGUAUAUGAAGUUCUCAAUGGACACCGAUAUUCCAAUACGGAAUGAUUUCAAGAAUCUGGGGCAUAGGCUUGAUAUACUCUUUUCUCAUGUGCUGUUCUCCAAAUGGCAUAUCGUAAUGCUCGUAAAUGAAAUAUGAAUAACUAUCUGAUUUCCAUUUCAUGAGUGGCUUCAGCAGUUGCGGGAUGCUAAACAAAUGAUCCUGUGCGAAAUCAAAUUCUUCUGUGAUUUCAUUUGAAAUUGGUAGUGCGUGUAAGAUAGUUUUCCCAAAGAACUUCAAUUUGCACCGAUAAAUCCAGGUUUCAUGCUCUCUUCUGACGUACUCAUAAUCCUCAAUCCCUGUCUCGAAAACUAGUAAUUUCACAAAAGGACAGAUAAAAGGAACAAUAUUAAGUGGUCCAAAUAAACAUGAACAUAGAGUAUUGUUUUAUUUCAAUCCCAGCUCUUGAAGAACGAAACACCCCUGCCUGCCAAUGUAUAGACAAAAUGAAAACCAUAUAGAAGUUCAUCACAAUCUUAUCUGAGGCAUUGACAGUCUUUGUGGAUUUGUGCUAGGAAUGUGUUUGAUCCUCGUCAAAUGCGUAUCUCAAUACAUGGUAGUGGAUUAUACAUAAAUAGGGAAAAGGGAUGCAGCAUUGAUCCAAUUUAUAUAGAUGACCCACUUUUUCCGACCAAUAAUGUGGGUCGGAAUUGCUUUCGUAUAAAUCAAUGCAUCAAGGCAUUUGCAGAUGCUUAUUGUACAUUGGAGGAUGAGAUGUCUUCCCUUCCAAGCAAUGGUGACACAUGCAAGAUUACCUUCACUUAAGCUACUUCCUAAAAUUAUUCCAAGCAUUAUGCAUUUGGAUGGUCCGAUGGAUUCCAAUUAUCAAGAGAUUAACCAUAUUCCAUGUUGUUGAGAUGUGUGGGGUUGGUGAAAUAGCUUGCAAUGUUUUUGAGCAUAUUGGAGUUGUGGUUGGUUGACCUCCACAGAUCACAGAUAACCCUUCAUGUAUUGAUUGCAAAUGGAUGAUAGCUGUAACAUCUUCAAACUGUAGUUGGAAGUAAAAUGCAACUCCAAGAAAUUAUUCUGUGCUUCUAGACACUCUCAAGCCAUCCGUUGGUUUUCUGGAUUUUGGGUCUUAACGAGUUGAGCAUAUCACAUAUUGGAUUUGCUCCUACCUGAAAGGUGGUGUAGUGAAGCUGGAAUACAUCGAUGUGGCAAUAAGAGAUAUCUGUAUACAAGGUGGUCUGUCGCCUGUGCAUAAUGUCAUUUUACAUGGGAAUAUCCUAUAAUUGAUAUUUGUAACUUUCUUCAUUGUUGUGCAUAGAAACCCGAAUAUCAAAUAUAUAUAUAUUGAGUGCUAAUGGUCAGGUAACGGGAUACUCUGGAUGUAUUAAUAGACUAAUAGUGCACUGUAAAAGGUUUUAUGAAGGCCAGAUAGGUGAAGACAUAUCUUAAACAUUGGUAAAUUUAAGGCUUGAAUUUAGUGGAGUUCAGCAC